UCUUCAAAGAGAGGUGCUGUGGGACUGAAGAGCCGAGACAUGAGGACUCCAAGCUUGCUGGGGGUUGCACUCCUCUGGCUGUUUGCCAUGCCUGCUGCAACGGAUGAUGACCAUCAACACCCCUCAAACUCGUGUGAUGGACAAUACAAGGACUGGACCCAAAUUGGCCAGGUGUGCGCAAAGUAUUUCAACACACCAAGCUCCUUCGCCGAUGCCGAGUCUGCUUGCAGGCAGGCAGCUUCAGGGGGUCACCUGGUCUCCGUGCACGAUGAACAAACAAAUGCGGCUGUCUUAGCCAUCGUGUUGAAAUACAACCCCUCCUCACCAAGGACCUGGAUGGGCGGUGAAAGGGUUGGUCAGUCGAGUACAUUCACCUGGACAGAUGGUUCUUCUUGGGAUUUCGAGAAAUGGGUUCCAGGUCAACCAAGUAACAGUGGAAAUCAUGAGAACUGUGUGGAGAUGAACUGGAAAAACUUGGGGCAAUGGAAUGAUGAUUGGUGCAUCAAACAGAAACCUUUCAUCUGCGCCUUCCAGUGGCAGCAUCAGCGGUUAGACUGAAGAAUGAUGGAAACACGCUACUGCGUCGCUUAUAAAAAUCAGGCAACGCAUGAAGAUUCAUGCAUGCAAAGUGCAAAAUGAGUAAAGAAUCGCAAAAUUUUAAAAUGCUUCACUGAGCUCAUGCAAAAUAAAAAAACUAUAUCAUGUG